UGUCUGUAACCGGAAGGACUGUUUUGUAUUUUUGUCCGUCCGUAGGACAGGCAGUUCGAAUAUUUUGUAUAAAUCAAACUCUUUUAUUGUCAUCCAACCAGUUAAAAAACUGACUGUAAAGCUACUUCGGGAUUUUUAUAAAGAGGUAUUGUCGAGGUCUUGCCUGGCUGGCCCAUGGUGAGACGGGGACCUAGAGGAACUGAACAGACACAAGAUGGCCUGUGUGGAGGAGCCCCUUGAGAAGCACUGCUGGGUGUGUUUUGCGACAGAGAGAGAGGAUCGCGUGGCAGAGUGGGUGAGCCCCUGCAGAUGUAAGGGCUGUACAAAGUGGAUCCACCAGGCCUGUCUGCAGCGUUGGCUCGAUGAGAAGCAGAAAGGAAACAGUGGAGGAGCUGUCAGCUGCCCUCAGUGUGGCACAGAGUACCGCAUUGUCUUUCCCAAAAUGGGGCCGUUGGUAUACUUCCUCCAGCAGAUGGACAGUGCUCUGUCACGGGCCAGUCCAUUCACUGCUGCCGGUGUGGUUGUGGGGACAGUCUAUUGGUCAGCUGUCACCUAUGGAGCUGUGACUGUCAUGCAGGUGGUGGGCCAUAAGAAGGGCUUGGAUGUGAUGGAGAGAGCAGAUCCUCUGUUCCUCCUGAUGGGUCUACCUACCAUCCCAGUGAUGCUUGUCCUGGGCAAGAUGAUCCGCUGGGAGGACUACAUACUGAGGCUGUGGCAGAGACACUCCUCUAAACUACAGCUGCUAUUGCCAGGUAUAGGUCGUCCAUUGCCCCGUGUGCCAGCUGAUGGGGGUAAUGGAGGGGACCACCUGUCAGUGUCUCGUACUCUGUGUGGAGCUCUCAUCUUCCCCUCUGUAGCCAGCCUGGUGGGACGACUGAUCUUCGGCAGGGUACCCUCAUCUCUGCAACGCACCGUUCUGGGUGGUAUAGCAUUUGUGGUGAUGAAGGGGGUGUUGAAGGUGUAUUUCAAACAGCAGCAGUACCUCAUUCAGGCCAACCGCCACAUCCUCAACUACACCGAGAGAGAGAGGGAUGGAGAGACGGAGGGACGGAUCGAGGGAGGAGGAGACGACACAGAGGACAGCGGAAAUGAGUGAAUGCAAGACUCCCCCUCCCCAACCUUAACCCCCGAUUGGGAACAGAAUCCUCUGUUCCCAAUCGCAAUGUAGUUUUAUUUUACUCAGACAAGGGGUGUGUUUAGGAGGUGCAUUACAUUUCCAAAAAGAUAACUUGUCCAAUAGGAAUGCAAUUGUUAGUUUUUUUUCUCCCAUUUGUCUCCUGAAUGCAACCCAGGUCUUCUAUUUGCAUUGUAAGAUAUCCACCCAACCAUGACUGUAUGUGUGAGCGUGUGUGUACACUGUAGAGCCCAUGCUAUUUUAUUUGCCUGUAUGAAUGAAUUGGCUAAUAAAGUGAUUUGAUUGUUA